AUGGGGGCGAUUCCGAGUGUGUGCGUUGAUGACGCUCCAUCAGCCACAACUUCCUUCCAGGUUGAGGCAUCGCCUGAUCAGGAUGCUGUCGAGAUUAGCAGUUUCAAGUUCAACAGCAAGAGCCAAAUCGAGUUCAUCACAGAUGUUGAAGGCCACUGGGAGUACUUCCUACGUUUCAUUGACCGGAGCAGCAUUCUGUACUGGGAUGGUGAGGACCGCGGUGUCUGGGGUCCUGGGCUGCUGCGGCUACGACGUCAAGGAGUGCUCGUCUUUGGCGGUGAUGCGCCAGACAAAGGUCCCGGGGACAUUCGUUUUAUCAAGACGUUGCUCAGCUUGAGAAAGCGCUUCCCCAACCAGGUCUAUUUCAUUCUGGGAAAUCGCGACCUCAUGAAGCUGCGUUUCAUGGCUGAGCUCAAAGAAGUAGAGGAGCCAGGAAUGGUCUGGACUCCAAGCUGGGACAGGAAAGCCAUAUCUUUUGAACAGUUCCUGGAGGAUCGUAAAGGCGAAAAUAUCCAGCGCGACUUGAUCGGCAAGCUGAAGUGGCUUCUUCAUUGCACCAUGGGUUGCCAGGACACCACCUUCAGCACGAGGAAGAGCGAGCUUGCCUUGCUUCGGGGACGUGCCUCCGACCAGGACGUCUUGGAGAGUUAUGUCAGCUCCGUGGAUCCUCGCAGUGCUGACCCCUGGAUGUUCGAGUUCAUCUCUUUGGGGCAGAUAGGUCUCGUGCUUGACACCGCUCUUUUCGUGCAUGGCGGGCUGAGAGAUGAGAAUUUGGGUUGCAUUCCUGGACACUCAGAACGAUGGGAUGACGUCCAAGAGUGGGUCGAUCAUCUAAACGCCUGGAAAGACCAGCAGCUGGCAGAGUACGUAUCCAAGCCCUACUUUUACACUGACAACGGCGUGCUCAAACGAGGUGGCGAGACCCUGAUCGAGUACGGCACUCCCGGUGGAGGUAAAGAGACAGUUGUCUACGUCAACCCGUUCAAGGACGGAAACCCUCAGCAACGCUCAGAGAAGGUGCAAGACUACCUGGAAAGGUCGGGCAUUCGCCGCGUUCUUUCCGGACAUCAGCCGCACGGGCAGACUCCAACAGUUGUUCGGCAUCCCAGGCAUGGUCUGCUGUGGAUCACGGCAGACACAUCGCGAUCAGACAGCACGGCCAGCAAGCUUUUCAACCCCGCCGACAACAGGGGGAGGGCAAUGUCCAUUGUGAGAGUUUACUCCGAGUCUGUGGAGAUCGAGGGAACACUCGUGGAUGGCAGACAGCACAGGUGCCUUGUGCACAGCAACCCUGCGAAGGACAGGUUGCCCGACGCCCUGGUCGGGCGACAGCUAAAUGACGGCUCAUGGGUAAAGACCAUCGUUUUUCCAAGCACGCCGAUUGAAGGCGAGACUGAAAGCGUGCCUCGCUUGGUUCACGAUGUGAAGUUGGUGCAGACGGCUCUUGGGAAAGGCUUCAAUGUCAAGGUUUCCGACCUCCGAGAACAUACAGCCUGCUUGUUGCUACGGGACGAGUUCAAAACCCGCGACAUCUUCAGGGUUUCUGUGCGAGACUUCCAGGCCUCGUCGAAAUCUCAGACAGGACUCGAGGACUGUCGGGAUGCAGACCUCACGAGCUACUCCAUUCAGGCCUGGGUGAGCAUUUGUCACGCUUCCCUGGCCUUUGCUUCGCAAGUCUACCUGGUUGUCUACAAAGAUCGGGAUGGCUUGUUUGCAAACCUGGACGGCGCGGGCGACUAUGACAUCAUCAAGUGUCUUCGUUGCCAGGGUGCCUCCACAUGGAUCGAAUGCUGCCACGACCCUCCGAGGAAGUAUCCCGGUAUCCUGAAGCGCGGCGAUCGCAAGAUCGUAUGGUUCGAAGUCUGGCGCGAGCCCUCCACGACGGUCCCAGACGCCAUGCCACAGACUGCAUGCCAUGGCCGGUCAGAAGUUGGAGAUAGCUCCUCCCUCUUUACGCUGUCCCGUAAACGAUGCGAGCUUGCGCGAUUGGACGGUGGUGCGGAUGUCCACAUGGAGCACUUUCUGGAGGCGGCGAGCAUCUACACCACAGUGCUGGGUCAGUUGGGUACUGCAUCGUCAACGGUCGCAGCGGACAUCGGCAAGAAUUUGCGAGGAGUCCAACAGUGCCUCAGCUCCGAGCCCGAAACAAGAGCGACAUUGAGGGGGUUCCUCGAUGUGGAGAAGGCCACGCGCCAGCAUCAAGCCGCUGAGCCGAACCACUGCCAGCUCGCCGACCCCAGUGGUGCUAUGCAGUUGCAGUGGCUGCUGCGCGGCCUGGGUUUCUAUGCUCGUUUCUUGCAGCUGCAGCUGGAAGAGUAUCCUGAGGCUGCUGCUGAGGCCUACAAUGAGACUCUCGCGCAGUACCACAGCACGCUCACAGCCUUCACAUUUCAGUUCCUCAUCAAGGCGAUGCCUUCGAAGGAUUCUCUUUGCGGCCUUCCGGCCCUAAGUGGCCCGGGAGCUGCGGCCGAGGCAGCAGCAGCUGCCAGUGAGCUCUCCGCUUUGGUGAAAACCAUGGUCAAGAUCUGCCAAGAGCAGCAACUCUGGCAGAGUCAUCGUGUUUGA